AUGGACGACUGGGAGAAGGCGUACGAGGAGGAUAGGCGGCGCCUCGCGUUGGGCCAAGGCAUCAUCGUUGACGGGAGACGUGCUGGUAGUGGCGCUGGUGGUGGUGGUGUUGGCGGUGGUGGCAGCAGUGUAGAAAUGAACCCCUUUGAGGAGAAGCAGCUGGAGCAGCAGGCUGCUGCUACUCCUAUUCCUCCAAUAGCUGAGGCGCCGAGCGUGCACGCGAUGCAUGGUCUCUCCCCAGCGAUGUUUGAAUCAUCGACGGUGAAGCGUGACGAUGCGGCGCCACACACCGCUGCGCAGCGCGAAGGUGAAGCUGACGUCGCCGAGAUUUACGCCGCGUACAAGGACGAUCCGGUGCCGCGCAGGCGUGGCAUGGAUGAUGACGAUGCCGGCGAUAACGCCGCGAGCGCAGGUGCCGCGCUGCACGACGCCCGCUUCGGCCUGCACUGCCUUGGCACGGGGUGGAACCUGCACACUCUCUUCAGUGCCAAACUGGGCCGGCGGCUGUUCUUCGCUGAGGUCGUCAAGACAUCGUUCAAAGGGUUUCUGUCGACCAAGGAUGCCGUGGUUGGCUGCUUCGUGACACCGAACUGCAUCUACAUCGGCGACGUGGAGACGGCGGCGCUGGUGGUGUGCGUCGACAUCCAGUGGCUGCUCGAGGUCUACGCGUUUGACGGCGUCGCGGUGGGGCUGCGGACGAAGGACGCGCUCGAACUCCACCUGCAGACAGCGCAGCACACACAGCGGCUGGUUGACAUCCUGCAGAAGAUCGUCGCGCACUGGCAGGCAAAGGUGAAGUUCAUUCAGGCCACCGCGGAGCGCGAGAAGACGUUUCGGAAGGAGAUGCGGCUUAUCGACAAGAAGAGCCACACCUGGCAGGUCGUCGAGGACCCUCGAACGGGCCUCCGCAUUCUCAACAUCACGGACCAGUUCAUCGGCAUCCUCGCGCCAAUUGCGCCCAAGAUCCUGCACUGGUUCGGCUGGGUGCAGCAACCAAGGAAGGACUGGAAGGGCAGCAGAACGUUGCAGCGCCGCUGUGCGUGGGCGACGGCCACGUGCUUCUUUGUCGCGAAGGCGGAGGGCCCUGGCAGCGACGGACAUGGCAUCAGGCACUGCGUCGCGAUGCAGUACAUGACGGAGCUGUACGUCGGCCCCGGCGGCGAAUUGGGCAUUGUCGCUGCGAAGGGGCCUCCACAGCCACCAACAGUUGUUGUGCUUGACUCAGAGGGGGGCAAAAACGCCCUCAUUUUUAUUUUUCAGGAAUGCUACAGUUAUCGGAAUGGUGGAGGGACGAUAAAAGUGACUCAUGUGAAGAGUGUGGAGGACGCGGCGCGCAGGGCAAACGGGUCAGGAGCGUCACGGCCGCAGCUCUUCCUCAUGCGUCCACGUCGAGAGUUGUAUGACUUUUUGCGGGGGCCUAGUGCAAAGAAGUGA